GAGAUUUAAGAGUGUUCGAGAAUCGGGAGUUAGUAUACCAGCAAGCACAAAACCCACCAGUUUAGAUACAACAUCAGUUGGAUCAGGCGUAACAUCACUCCAAACUGCUUCUCAUCAGUACUAUGAGCAGUUCUCCUCUAAUGUGGCAGAGAACCGUACUCAUGAGGGUUAUCUCUGGAAGAGAGGACAUUUGUUGAAGAACUGGAAGCAACGAUGGUUUGUUCUUGACAGUAUGAAGCACCAACUUCGUUACUAUGACUGUAUGGAGGAUUCACACUGUAAAGGAAUUAUUGAAUUGUCUGAUGUUAAUACUGUCGUAGCUUCUAUGCCAACUCCAGGGGCACCAAAGAAAGUAGAUGAAAAAGCAUUCUUUGAUCUGCACACAAAACGACUUUCUUACAACUUUUGUGCAUCAGAUGGGCAGGCUGCUCAAGAAUGGAUAGAGAAGAUACAAUCAUGCCUGCAGUAAAAAUGCCCACAGUGCUCUUGGCAAAGAUUUGAUCAGCUGUACCCAAAGAAACUAUCUUACUGAUGUACUUUUCUUCAGUGAAGAAUUUAUCAGCUAAUCACUUUUCUGUCCAGCUUCAUUGCAAUGAGUGAUUUGUGAGCUUUGUAUUAUUGCUUUAUUCAUUUUGUUUUCCCAGUUGCUAAUUGCAAAAUCUUAAAAGAUGUUCCAAGAGAACAACACCCUCCCUGCCAGUCUUAUGUUAUUUAUGUGCAAUGUAUAUUUGGGCUUUUAAAAGAUACAGGGGACCAAUAUGAUAUCAUUUGAUGUUUAAAGCAAACACAUUCUUUUAUGAUUUACUGUUAUUUCUUCGUCUUGCCAUUGAAGAGGGCUUAAGGGGUAAAUCAUAUUAACAUUUAGGCAAGGGAGUUGUGUAUACUGGAGUCACUGAAGUUCUUGUGAAGUUGUGUUUUAAAAAAGAAAAUGGAUCUUGUUCAUUUUUCCUCAGAGGAAAUUUGUUCUAAGGCAAUGAUAAGUACAGAAUCAUAUGGCAGUGUUUAUGCUGGUAUAGAAUAAUUAAAGGUUAGAUUAACUGAUUGCAGCACGACAAACUAAAGCAGUUGUAGGGUAACUUAAAGAUUUGUAGAGCAGCAAAAAAUUCAGACUAAUUUCAGUUAUCAAAUGAGGUACAUGAAAAUCUUUUAUCCGGUUUGUAUAUUUUUUUAA